AUGAUCGCUCCCCUCCCCUGUCUUCACCUCAGAAGCACCGCCACCGCUUCCACUCCCUCGCAAAACCUCACCAUGUUGCGCCGCUCCCUAACUACCAACCAAUACUCAAUCUCUGACCAAGACCUCGACACCCGGGGCUUCAACCUUCACCGCACGAUCGCGGAGCUCAACCUGGACCACCUCAACAAGGUGUUCGUGGCCGUCGGGUUUCCGAAGCAGGACCCGGACAAGAUCCAGAUGGCACUGUUGUGGAUGGAGUACAGGAAAACGAAGUGGCUUGUGGCAUUCGUGAGGGCAAUGGGAGACAGCGUGUUCAACAGAAGCCUGGCGUCAUAUGAGGUGUCAUAA